UGCAGAAAAUCCUUGCAGUAGUUUCUAAGUAGCACCCUGUCCUGGAAAAAGACACCCCUCAUAAUUUUAAUACUGUAGAAUAUACCCCUUGCUGAAAAAUUAAGACACCCCAUAUAGUUUUGACACUGUCUGUAGAAUAAUCCCUUGCUGAAAAGACACCUCAUACAAUUUUUUAACACUAUACCCUGUGUGUAGAAUAACCCCCCUUGUUGAAAAGACAACCAUAUAAUUUUGACACUGUCUGUAGAAUAACCCCCUUGCUGAAAAGACACCCCAUAUAAUUUUGACACUGUCUGUAGAAUAACCCCCUUGCUGAAAAGACACCCAUAUAAUUUUGACACUGUCUGUAGAAUAACUCUCUUGCUGAAAAGACACCCAUAUAAUUUUGACACUGUCUGUAGAAUAACCCUCUUGCUGAAAAGACAUCCCAUAUAAUUUUGACACUGUCUGUAGAAUAACCGUCUUGCUGAAAAGAUACCCCCUCAUAAUUUUGACACUGUUGUACCGCCAUAGGCUGUUGCUCCUGGUACAUGGUAUAGGUAUUAUCUAUGGUAUUACGCACUCAGUAGGCUCAACAGUACCGAGAGUAUAUGAAAUAUCAUAUACUCUUGACAGUACUUACACACUGCUGCCUUUCUUCAUGGGUGAACUCUGUCUUAAGAUGAGAGUAAUUAAGAAGGCUCCAAAUUGGCAAUGAGCUCGCUAAAUCACAUGUCAGUACGGCAGUGGGGAACAAGGACUGACUCCACAUGCUCCAUCUAAAACUUACAGUGAGUACGUGAGUACGUACAGAGUAUAUAAAACUAGGUCAUCACAUGCACAAUUAUGGUUGAUCUGUCCCAAUUUCCUGUUCUUAGUGUACGUGUGGCAAGUAUGACCACGGUAUGCUGUUUUGAAACCUGAUCUAGCUACUGUUUACAGUCGGUUACUGUCCAUGUAUGGUAGGAAUGAUAAGUGGUAGGCGACUCUGUAUAGCAAUAACAUCUCCUGCAUGUGUGUUUUGCUAGUUCAUAGUUUAAAAGCUGGAACUGAUAAUAUGGAAGAAAGUAUAUUAGAGAACAGAUUAACUGAUCCAGAAUUAGAGCAGUUUAUAGUUGCAACAGUGCAAUUGACUGGAGAAUUCUUAGGAGCAGGUGCUUACGGCAGUGUGGAAGAAGUGGGGAUACCUGGAGCAAGGGUAGCUGCCAAGAAAUUGCAUCCUCAGCUUGUCAACCUAGGAUCUUUUGAACAGGUUGACAAAUGGGUGACUGAUUUCAUUGGAGAGUGUAAACUGAUGAGCCAACUCCGUCACCCUAACAUAGUACAGUUUCUGGGGGUGUGCUAUCUCCCUGGAUCUCAACUCCCUGUCCUACUGAUGGAAAAGUUACAAACCAGCCUUGACAGCCUUCUGGAAACCAGUCCCAACAUCCCUAUUGACCUCAAAGUUCACCUUCUGACAGGGACAUGUCAAGGGGUGGUAUAUUUGCACAGUCGCAAUCCACCCAUUGCUCAUCGGGACAUUACAGCAAGAAACAUUCUUAUCGACAAUGCUCUCAAUGCUAAGAUAGCAGACCUUGGUGUGGCUAGGAUGGUGAGCAUUCAACCUGGCCAGUUACUUGCUACAAUGACAAAUGCGCCUGGUAAUAAUCUUUACAUGCCACCCGAAGCAAUCCAAGAGGAUGGAGCAGCACGGUAUAAUACUACAAUUGACGUCUUUUCCUUUGGAGUAGUUGCUCUGUUUACACUGACACAAAUUUUCCCCAAGAAUAUCAAACCUGCUUCUUACUUUGACCCUGAAACUCAAAGGGUUUCUGGACGAACUGAAAUUGAACGCCGUGAAUUAUACAUCGAACCAUUGAAAUCAGCUCUAGGUGACACCCACCCCCUGGUUCAAUUGACCCUUGGGUGCCUAGAAUACCUCCCAAGCAGUCGACCCUCAGCUCUAGAGGUUUUAAGACGACUCGAAGAAUUUGAACUGGCCAUGACCAAACAAAAUUGCACAAAGACCAAGCUCGAGCUAAUUAAACAGUUGACAAACAGCGAACAUGAAAUUGAUCAUCUUCAGCGAGAAGUUACUGACAUGCACAAAAUGCUAAGUAGGAAUGAUGUUCAUGCCAACCAAUUGCAAGCAUCUGUCGAACGUCUCCAAGCUGAAAAACAAAAUCUAGUUCGAAGCUUCGAGGAGCGUACCUGUGUGCAGCAGAAGCAGAUAGACGUUCAACGUGAGGAUAUUAUCCGACUCUCCAAGCAAAUCCAAUCUCUCGAAGUAUUGAGAAAAGAAGAUAAGGUCCCACUCAACUCGAUGAUUUCAUCUGUCAUUACUUUCAACUGGAGAAGGUUUAGCAACAAGCCACCAGGAAUUAGCGUAACAAGUCAACCUGUAGCUCACAAUGGAAAGCUCUACAUCUGUGCCUACUCGACUCACACAUCACCUCUGACCGUACUAGAGUAUUUGCUGGAUACAAGCAUGUGGAAGGAGCUAGCACCCCCUUCGGUACAGGAAUUCACUAUGGCAAUAUUAAAGGGCCAAUUGUUAGUGGUGGGGGGUGAAGAAAUAUUAACUGGCAAGACAACAGAUUCCAUUCUAGAAUUCGAUGAAAAGGCUCGAAAGUGGAUACCCAUAAAUCCUGCAUUACCAGUACCGCUAUACCUCCCAUCUGCUGUAGGGUAUGAUUCUCAUCUGAUUGUUGCCGGUGGAUAUAAUUCAACAAACUCUAGAGUACUAAAUGUACAUACUUUGAACAUGAACAGCUACAAAUGGAGUUCAACUGAACCCCUUCCAAGUACCGACUGCUGCAAUAUGGUUAUAAUUGAUGACAGUGUGUAUUUAAUAGGGCAAGAGACAAGAACAGUAUUGCGAGCUCAAUUAUCCAAUGUGACAUCAGGAGUCACAUCAGGUGUGUGGGAGACACUGUCAAAUGUCCCUUUCUACUACUCGUCUCCUAUCGUCCAUGGCAACACCCUUCUGACGGUGGGGGGUAGGGACAGCAACGAUUGGGGUGGUAAUGCCACAACUAAAAUCCAUCGCUAUGACGCUGCUGGAAACCAAUGGAUUAAAGUAGGAGAUCUGCCUGAGCCAAUGUACUAUUGCUAUUGUACAGCCGUGGCUAGUGAAUUGUUUGUUUUGGGAGGAUUUGGCAAUCAAUCUGCGUAUAUUGCAGAACUAGUAAUAUCAUAGUUUUAUAUGCGUUAAUUAUGAUUAUUAUUAAUUUUGUUUUUUGUCCACACGAUUAAUUUGUAGACAAACAUUGGCAUAAUAAUAAUAAUUUGCAUUUGUAUAAGUA